GCGAUUGGGGAAAAGCCUUCUCUGCUCGCGUUUGCCGGAGCGACUUGCUUUUGUCGCGAGACCAAUCUCCCGUCUCGUUUCCUCCUGCGCGCGCCGUGUUGCCUUCUGGGGGGGAAACGGAAAGAGGGGCCGGCGUUGCUAGGUCAGAGGACAUUGGUGUCUCGCCUCUUCCUUAAGCAGCGAUCUAGCAACACACAGGGCAAAGCAGUAUAUCCUUAGGUAAUUCUAAAUGAAUCCUGACACGAUUUCUUCCGCUUCAGCCUUGGGAGGCACCACAACAUGGCUAGUUGCAGUUCUGGGAACAUUUUUGGUGACUCUGCUUGGGGCAGCACACAAACUGGGACUGCUCUAUCAACUCUGGCAUCAGGUGGAUCCUAAGAGUACUCGACAUGGUGGGGAGAUUGUGGCAGAAGUUCUGAAAGCUCAUGGUGUACCCUAUGUAUUCACCCUGGUUGGUGGACAUAUCUCUCCCAUUUUGGUGGCCAGCGAGAAGCUGGGCAUCCGUAUUGUGGACACAAGGCAUGAAGCAACAGCUGUAUUUGCUGCAGAUGCAGUGGCCAGGCUCUCAGGCACAGUGGGAGUUGCUGCUGUGACAGCAGGACCUGGUGUGACAAACACUAUAACGGCUGUGAAAAAUGCCCAAAUGGCAGAGUCUCCUGUGUUGUUGAUUGGCGGGGCAGCAGCUACAUUGCAGAAGGGCCGAGGGGCUCUCCAGGACAUUGAUCAGUUGUCCCUCUUGAAGCCACUUUGCAAAUUUUGUGCUUCAGUGAAGACUGUCCGAGAUAUCAGCCCUGUGCUGCGAAAGGCUAUCGCUGUUGCUCAGUGUGAUACCCCAGGUCCCGUGUUUGUGGAGUUCCCUCUGGAUGUGUUGUAUCCCUAUCAUCUGAUUGAGCGAGAGCUUAUCAAGAAAACAGGUUCUAAGGGUGUUUUGGGAAAGGCUGUUAACUGGUACCUGCGCAGUUAUUUGGGAAACCUCUUUGCUGGAGCAUGGGCAGUGCGAGACCUUUCACCUUUGCCAGUGAAGAUACCAAAAGCUACAAAGAAAGAAGUGCAACAGUGUGUAGAGCUCAUCAGUCGGGCUAAGAAGCCAGUCAUCCUUCUUGGCAGCCAAGUGACCCUACCUCCCACCCCAGUGAAGAAGCUCAGAGAUGCUUUAGAAGAACUAGGGAUUCCAUGUUUCCUGGGAGGCAUGGCCCGUGGCAUGCUGGGAAAGAAUAGUCCACUGCAUAUUCGUCAAAACCGUCGAGAGGCACUCAAGGAGGCAGAUGUAGUCAUUCUGGCAGGCACCGUCUGUGAUUUUCGUCUGUCCUAUGGGCGUAUCUUGAGCAAGGGCAGUAAAAUCAUUGCUGUCAAUAGGAAUCGGGAGCAACUGCUGAAAAAUGCACACAUAUUCUGGAAGCCCCACAUUGCCAUAAAGGGAGAUGCUGGCUCCUUCCUUGUGCACUUGAGCCAAGAGCUUAGGGGCUAUUCAUGUCCCCGUGACUGGGUAAUAAGUCUGAAGGAGACUGAUCACGUGAAGGAGAAACAAAACAGAGAGAAGGCUGAAGAACCAACAGAGCACCACCUCAACCCAUUGAAACUGCUGCACCAUGUUGAUUGCUUGCUUCCUGAAGACAGCUUGCUGGUUGCAGAUGGAGGCGACUUCGUGGCAAGUGCUGCUUACAUUGUAAAGCCUAGAGGGCCCCUAUGCUGGCUUGAUCCAGGAGCCUUUGGGACCUUGGGAGUCGGUGGAGGCUUUGCCUUAGGAGCCAAGCUUUGCAGGCCAGAAUCUGAGGUCUGGAUCCUGUAUGGUGAUGGCUCACUUGGCUUCAGCGUAAUGGAAUUUGACACCUUUGUACGACAUAAAACACCAGUCAUUGCCCUGGUAGGGAAUGAUGCCUGUUGGAGCCAGAUCUCACGAGAGCAAGUGCCUAUGCUUGGCAGCAAUGUCGCCUGUGGCCUGGAUUACCUGGAUUAUCACACAGUCGCAGAAGGUUUAGGAGGGAAAGGCUUCCUGCUUGACCGCCAGAAUGAGGACCAAAUGGAUGACAUCAUCAGGACAGCGCAGUCUGGAUGCAGGAGUGGGAAGCCCUACCUCCUCAAUGCCCUCAUUGGGAAAACAAACUUCCGUGAAGGCUCUAUCUCUGUUUAAGGGCUUGACUGAGGCUACAGCAUAUGGAUUCUGGCUAGAGAUAUGGAUUUCUGCUGGUCCAAAGGAUCUGACUCAGGUGAAUCAAUCCUGAACAAGGGAGCAAGAUCAGUACAAAAGCUUUACUCCCCAGGGCUAAGAGUUUUAAACCCAGUCUUGGCUCAGCAAACUUGUUUGGGGUCCUUCUAAAAAUACCCAAUUUCCUUAAUUUUUUUUAACAGGAGUCAUCAUGUUGAUGCCUAUGUUUGUGCUGGCCUGAGUUGAAGUCUCAUUUUGUUCUGCUUUGGGUUAUGCCUAACAUGAUAACCUUCAAUAUUGUUAACCUCCAGAGAGAUUGUUUAUUAUGCACAGCUCACAUUUAACACAGGUUCAACAUUAAACUGAAAUUGGUAUCUUCUUGCUUUCCCAUGCCCCCUCUUCUUCAUCCGAUUGGGUGCUCUGCCUUCCUCCUUGGGACCUCAAAUGGGUUUGGUUUUGUGCUCCUGCCCCCUGAGAGCACUUUCUUUAUUCCGUUGUAUACAUACUGUUGUGUACAUUCAGGAGCACAGGGCAAGAACAGUUGGCAGCACAUCCUUCUGGGCCUUGUGCUUACAUUCCCUACAUGAUAUGUGGUCUUGGCUUUUCCUCUAAUUUCACGUGCCAGCAACUGUUUAUUUUGUGACUGAGGGGUGAAUGUCUUCGGCUUAUAAGCAAUCUUAGCCUUAAACCUUCCUCUAAAGCCAGGUCUAGAUCUCCUCUCCAUUUUAGCAAGCAUUCUUCAGACAGGGAAGGAAAAAAAUAUUGGAUAAUGUCCAAGGUUUGGCUCAGUGUACUCUUCUGUUGUUGUUUCUGUCCUUCUGAAGCCACUGUGGAACCUUUUGCGAUUCAAACAAUAAAGGGAUGGAAUUUC